ACCGACUUUCGCUGGAUGCUGAAGAGACUCAACCAGAUGAAGAAGGAAAGGGAGGAUGAGCAGGCAAAGGUUGUGGAGCAACUGGAAAAUGUGAAACAAAUAGAAGUGAAACCCAGUGGAAGAGCUGAAUUUGGCUUCGACAUGAAACUACAUGAUCCCAACAGUGCCAUUAACUUAUUCAAGGACGGGACAAUGGUUCCAUAUGAUGAGGAUGAAAAUUCAAAGCACAGCCUAAAGAAAUCAGGGACAAAUUAUCUUUUCAGCAUCAAAGAUCCUCAGCCAGAAGACGCUGGAUUUUACCAGGUUGAUGUUGAAGAGGCAAAUGUCCUUACAACUGACUUUAGAGUGCCUGCUGUGGAGUUCAUAGCCAAGAUCAAGGAUGUGAAGGCCUUUGAAAGUGAGGACGCUGUCUUUCAGUGUGUCUUGUCAACACCCCUCAACAGAAUAACGUGGUCCACACAGGACUCGUCACUUGAACAUGGGGACAAAUAUGAGAUCACUGUCUCAGAGGACAAACUAAUUCACACACUGAGAGUUAAAGACUGUAAAAUGGCAGAUAAUGGAGCAUAUUAUGCCAUCGCUGGGAUAACAUCCAGCAGUGCCUCUCUCAAAGUGGAAGAUCGUGGUGUUCAGUUUGUCAGUGGGCUGUCAGAUACUGUUGCUAAUGUUGGUGAACGGGCUGAGCUGUCUUGCAAACUAAGCAAUGAGACCUCUGAGGGACGCUGGUAUAAAAAUGGGAAGCUGCUUACCAAUGGGGACGGGGUAACAAUUAUCAAAGAUGGAGCCUGUCACAGGUUGAUAAUUGACUGCUGUUCAAAAGAUGAUGCAGCUGAGUACCGCUUUGAAGCUGAAGGCCGUAAAUCAGAGGCAACACUUAAUAUUCAAGACCCCCCAAAAAUUGACUCUGAUGCACUUGGAAAAUUCACUCAGCCAGUCAUUAUAAAGGCAGGUGAAAAUGCAGAAUGGAAGCUGCCCUUCUCAGGUGGGGAACCGAUGAAUAUACAGUGGUACAAGGACGACGACGAGCUUUUGCCUGCUCUCAAUGUAAAGAUUGACACAUCAGCUACAGAGAGCAAACUACGCCUCAUGAAGUGUCAAAGGAAAGAUAGCGGAGAGGUCAAAAUCAAAAUCAAAAAUGAAUUUGGUACAAUGGAGGCAAUUUCCAAACUGAUCGUGCUGGGUUAUCCAGGAUCCCCAACAGCACCUAAAGUUGUCAGUGCCUUUAAAGACUGCAUCAAUCUGACCUGGUGUCCUCCAUGUGACACUGGAGGAACCAAAAUAGUGGGAUACAAUUUGGAAAAGAACAAGAAAGGCACUAAUUACUGGAGCCUUGUGAACCACGGAGGGCCCAUUACAGACACAAAGUAUGCCGUGAAAGAUGUUUUUGAAGGGGCAGCAUAUGAAUUUAGGGUGUCGGCUAUCAACCUCUCUGGUGCUGGAGAUCCUAGUAUUCCAUGUGAAACAGUAGUUGCGAGAGAUCCAAUGAAACCCCCAGGCAAAGUCACAGACCUGAAGUUAACAUCCUCCAAUUACACCACAUUUUCACUGGCUUGGACUAAACCUAAAGAAAUGAAAGGGGUAGAGGAUGAAGCCCAAGGCUACUACGUGGAGAUCAGACCAAUAGAGAACCUUGAAUGGACCCGCUGUAAUGCCAUGCCAAUUACUCUAACUUCCUACACCGUGCUUGGCUUGAAGGCAAUGGCCACCUACUGGGUGAGAGUAAUUGCCACCAAUUACGGAGGUGAUGGAGAACCUCAAGGCUUUGACAAUUACAUCAUUGCCAUGCCUCCUCCUGUGAGGCCGAAGUUUAAAGAUCGCAACAUGAAGUCCUUCGUGGUGGUACGAUCUGGAAACACAGUCCGCCUGAACAUCAACUUUGAGGCCUCCCCCAUGCCAGAAAUUGUGUGGCUAAAAGAUGCUGUUCCUUUACCCAAACAUGUAACCAUUACCAACUCUGAUAAAGGCUCUCAGCUGCUGAUCCCCACAUCUGAGCGGUCGGACAGUGGCAUCUACACCAUUACUGUCAAGAACAUUGUCGGCCAGGAGAGCUUCAAUGUUGAAAUCAGAGUUACAGAUGAUCCCAGGCCUCCAGGUCCAGUGGAGCUGGAUCAGAACAUCCCAGGAACAGUUACUCUGUCCUGGACUCCCUCCCCAGAUGAGAAGAGGGACGACAGACUGCACUACAUGGUAUCCAAGCGGGACUCCUUCAAACGCAAUUGGAGGACAGUUGCAGACAAUCUCUUCAACAAUAAGUUCACAGUUGUCAAUAUUUUGCCCGGACGGGAGUAUAACUUCAGGGUCUUUGCUAAAAAUGACAUGGGUCUUUCACCACCCUCUGAAUCCCCUAUGUUUGGAACCCCAAAGGAAAAAGGAAAGUUCAAAGUAAACAUGCCAGAGGCAAAAUCCUUUAACUUCCAGUCACCUCCAUCGUUUAUCGUUCCCCUGAAGAUGCGCACAGCUCCACAGGGUUAUGAGUGCAACAUGAGCUGCGCAAUUAAGGGUGAUCCAGCUCCACGUGUGACAUGGUACUGCAACAAUAUCAAUCUGAACACAAACACCAACUACCACAUCACCAACGUAUGUGGAGUCUGCUCCUUGCUUAUACUGAGAGUGGGACCCAGAGACAACGGGGAAUACAAGGUCGUCAUUGACAACAAACUGGGGACAGCCGAGUCCUCAAUGACCCUCAAUGUCAGAGAGUGAAGAGGAGCUGCAGCUGCUGGACAGAAGCUGAACCAAACCAACAGAGGUCUUACUGUGUUUUAAAUCAAUUGCACUUAAUUUAGAAGUUAAUCUAUUUCCCAAUAGCGUGAUGCAGCACUAUUUAAAGAC